CAAAGUUUCAUAACCUGUGUUUUUAUGAAAAGUGAACAGGAUGAAAAUUCCUCGUUUUAUCCUACUUUCCUGUGUUAAUACCAUUAGAAAUCAAUCUAAGUAUAUCCUCCCGCGUGUAAACUACCGCAAUGCACACACAUUUGCCAGAGGCUUUUCUGCAAAUGCGAGCAAAUCAUCAUCUCUUGUGCUCACCCGGCUCUUCUCACAAGACUCUGUGCCAGAGAAGAGUGCAUCUUCUGCGGAUACUGAGAGCACCGAGGGUAAGAAACACUGCAAUGUUGGCACGAUAGGACACAUUGAUCAUGGUAAGACGACUCUCACGGCGGCGAUCACGAAGGUCCUGGCGAAGGACGGACUGUGCAAGUUUGUGUCCUUCGAUGAAAUUGACCGGGCGCCAGAGGAACAGGCCAGAGGGAUCACAAUCAAUGCCUGUCACAUAGGCUACCGCACGAAGGCUCGCACCUACGCUCACACAGACUGUCCUGGUCACGCUGAUUACGUGAAGAACAUGAUCUCGGGCGCUUCUCAGAUGGACGGCGCGAUCCUCGUGGUCGCCGCUGACGAUGGCCCCAUGCCGCAGACACGGGAGCAUCUUCUGCUGGCGAAGCAGGUGGGCAUCGAGAAGGUGGCGGUGUUCAUCAACAAGGCGGACGUGGCUGACAAGGAGAUGCUGGAGUUGGUUGAACUCGAGCUGCGAGAACUUCUGUACGAUUUCGGCUUCGACGGUGUCGGAUGUCCGGUCAUUUGUGGAUCAGCCAAGGCCGCGCUCAGCGGAGACACGUCGCCGAUAGGCGAGGACUCGAUACGGAGACUAAUGGACGCGAUCGAUAGCUACUUCCCGACGCCCACGCGCGAUUUGACGUCGCCUUUCCUUAUGCCCAUUGACAAUGCGUUCACAGUGCCCGGACGGGGAACUGUGGUCGUGGGCACCAUCAAGAGGGGCGUCAUGAUGAAGAACAGUGCUUCUGAACUGCUGGGCUUCGGUGAGAAGGCCAAAACGACCCUGGGAGAUAUUCAGAUUUUUAGGAAGAGCGUUCCAAAAGCCGUGGCCGGAGACAAUGUUGGAGUUCUUCUCAGGGGCGUGAAGAUUUCGACUGUGCAGCGAGGGAUGCUGCUCUGCGAAGCCGGCAGUGAGAAGAUCUCCAAUCACUUCAACGGCUCGAUGUAUUUACUGACGAAAGGCGAAGGCGGAAGAUCCAGGCCACUGACUUCCAAGUACAUCCAGCAGAUGUUCAGCCGCACCUGGAAUGUGCCCUGCAGAGUUGAUCUUGUUGGCGAUCAGGACAUGAUGAUUCCGGGCGAUCACGGCUCUGUGCGGCUGACGCUCUUCAGGGAAAUGGUAAUGACUGUGGGACAACCGUUCACGAUUCGCGAACAGGGCGCCAUGGUGGCUACGGGCGUGAUCACGAGUGUCAACAAAUCUGUGCAUCUGCCCAUGAACAAACUCUCCAAGGUCCAGAUCUCUAGCAGCCCUUCUGAGCCUUCUAGCUAAUUUAUUGUCCCCGCGGGACACUCAAUAUAUAUAGAACACAGUCCAGA